UAUUGCUUCUACGUAGAUUGUUCUUAGAUGUAAAAUACUGUGAACGUUAUUUUUUUAAUAUUGGCAAAGGGCUGGUAAUGUAAAGUAAUGUAAUAGACAAUUGUGUUAGCUAAAAAUUGCACAAUAUUUGCUGUUUAUUAAGUAUUUAGCAAUUAGGAAGAAAUCUUGUUAUAUAAUACAAUCUUUUUACUGUUAAAAAUCGCUUGUGAAAUAUUUGUAUAGCAUUAUGUUAAAAGUACACUUUGUGUUAAAAGCACUUCUUUGUGACAAAUAGCGAUAUUUUCAAUCAAAUGGCAAUAGUGGCAAGUUAAUAGUGGUAGUUCCUAAGUUUUCGCAUUAAAAAAUUGCACAGUAUAUAGAUGUACAAGGACAUGCUAUUCUUAAUCUAUGACUACCUAUAGAAGACAAAAAUAAAUAUUAUAAAUAGCGGGAGUUUUGACUUUUAAUUAGUUGAUUAGCGCAUCGAUUUUAACAUUCAUCGGGGUGUUUGAUUGAUUUAUUAUUUCAAAACACAAUGCAAGAAGAUAAAAAUGCAAUUUUCCAAAUGCGAUUCCCACAAAAAUUGUGGUAUUUGUUAAACAUGCGUACAGAUGCUAUACUAUGGGGUGGAACAGGACGAACUAUCUUACUAAAUUAUCGAAUCCUCCACAAUUAUCUUCAAUGUGAUUAUUCCAUUUUUAAAACAACAAAUAUAUCUAGUUUCGUGCGGCAAUUGAAUUUAUAUGGUUUUCGUAAAGUUACCUCACACUUGCAAGAUCCAUUAUGCAACUCUAGUAAUCCCUAUAUGCAUGAGUAUGUUCAUGAUUAUUUCCAGUAUGGAAGACCAGAAAUGCUGAAUAAAAUAACAAGAAAAGCUUUAGCGAUGAAAAAAAACUUCAAACCAAAGUCUUUCUACGGGGGAACAGAACAAAUGCUUUAUCUUACUCCUCUUCAAAAAGCUCGACGCGCCUUCCGGGAGGCACUAAAAAAAGCAGCUCAAGAAAUGUGUAUGCAAAAUUCUCCAGGACAAUUUUGUAAUAUCAGGUUUGAAUCUGAAGAUGGUCAAGAGGACUACUGUGAAGAUGAAGAAAAUAUGGAAUUUGAUUGGUUUAUUAUGAAAAAUGCCCAUAAAAAUCCAGAAGAUUCCCCUCAAUCAGGUUACUUCCUUAAUCCCUACUUCCUUGUGUAUAUUAUUUUGAUCUUAACUUUGUCAUUAUCCUUUUAUCCUUCCUUCUUCUACCUUUACCUAAAUUCAUCACAAGAGAGUUUGAUGCAAUUUGAAGAUGAAUCCUGUCAACAGAACAAUGAUAUAUUCCCAGUUAAGUUUUUGAGUAUGCCAGAACUAGAUUCUGAACCGGUUGAGGCAAACACAAAUGUGGAAUUGUUAGCAGGGUUUGAUAUUGAAGGUGAUAAUCAACAAAAUAUAGUAAAAAUUGUGGACAACAAAAAGGAUGAACAUAAUUCAUUAAAUUGUGUACUACCAUCCAUAAGUAAUGACCCAAAUGAUGUAACUAUGACUUCAAUGACAGAGAAAAAAAAUGAUGAUUCAAAUCAUUAUCACGGUGAAUGGGAUCAGAUGUUCAAUGAUAUAAUUACUUGUAAGGGCCCCAACCAAGAAUGUGGCUCUGAAUUGAAAGAACUAUAUUCCCAAAUUUCAAGAACAAUAGAUUUACUUAAUUCUUAGUUCAUUAGAUAAUUUUAUUUCUGUUUCCAGCAAUAAAACAAUUUAAUUAUUUGAAAUGUAUUCCUUAACAUACCAUGUUAAAAGAGAGAACUGAAAUUAUAAUAUAUAAUUAAUAUUA